UCCACUUCUAUUGCUAUCACUCGAUCGUGUGGCAUCUUCUUCCGGGCUUCCAUCCAGUAGAGAAACAAGCUGUAGUGGUAUCUUUCAGCAAAGCUCACCUGCGUGCCUCGCCGAAACCCUUGACCAAAUGGCACGGUGCUCGCUCGCUUUGCUCCUUCUAGCAUGUGCCCUCGUCCAGAGCUCCUACGGCUCGAGAUCGCCGCCGGGCGAGCCUCCGAAGCCUGAGGAGGUCACGCCCUCCACGGCGGUUCACGGUGCCACCGAACCACGCCGCGGCGACGACGCCACGCCCUCCACGGCGGAGUGGGCGACUGGUCACCGUGGAGCGGAUGGUGACGGUGCUGCUGCGACUUCGGCACUAGGCGGGGCUGGUACCGGGCCGGAGCACAGGGACGGAGGAACAGUGGUGCAGCAGAUGCUGACAACAGCGGCGAGUCGGAAGAUGGCGCGCCGGGUUCUGCAGGGAGGGGUGGCGGCCAGGUCGUCGUGCCGUUCCCACGACGCCAGCGUAACAUGCCCUUCUCCCGCGCUGCACUAACGAAAAUCCGUGAUGGACGUACCUGACAAGCUAGUGCUUACCGUCUACCGCCGGCUCGUAGUCGAUCGAUUUGAUCUCAUUCAUUCAUGAAUCGUCUUAUAUAUUGUUGUAUUUACAUUCCCGUUAGCCACCUAUCCAAGUAACCUUUGUUGUUGCGAAUGUAAUUAAGAAUUGGGUGCACUAUUUUUUAGUCUCGGUUGUAAUUCGUGUUGCAAGUUGCAACUCAUGACUAGCGCACCAAUCACGGUAUGUAAAUUAAAUGGUGUAUGACUACUGAGCGUGAAGUUAGC